CCCCGCCGGCGCCCCGGGGCCCGGGCUCCGCGCCCUCCUGCCCGCGCGCGCCUUCCUGUGCUCGCGCAAAGGCCGCCUCCUGCUGGCCGAGUCGGGCCUCUCGUUCAUCACCUUUGUCUGCUAUGUGGCAUCCUCGGCAUCCGCCUUCCUGGCAGCGCCUCUGCUGGAGUUCCUCCUGGCCCUCUACUUCCUAUUCGCUGAUGCCAUGCAGCUGAAUGACAAGUGGCAGGGCUUGUGCUGGCCCAUGAUGGACUUCCUGCGCUGUGUCACUGCGGCUCUCAUCUACUUCGCCAUCUCCAUCACGGCUGUCGCCAAGUACUCAGACGCGGCUUCCAAAGCAGCUGGGGUGUUCGGCUUCUUUGCCACCAUCGUGUUUGCCGUUGAUUUCUACCUGAUCUUUAACGACGUGGCCAAAUUCCUCAAAGAAGGGGACUCCACAGAAGAGAACACGGCCGACAAGGCAGAAGAAGAGAAUUCCGACUCUGACUCCGACUGAGGGGCGUCGGAGGGAGGCGGGGCCUUCAGCAGUGGGAGCUGCUGGCCGCCUGGUGACAGGCACACGACGCGCCACCAAACGCGGCACCCGGGGCGUCGUGCACGUCGGGCCAUGUGUCCUCGUGUCUGCCACGGACCUGAAGCCUUGUAAGCGCUCUGCCAAAAAUAAGCACAAGGGGACAGAGCGGAUGGAGCCUGCACCUCCGUCGCAGGGAGCACCGGGGGGGGGGGGGGGGGGGCGCACUAGAAGCCACCCCAGGCCAACCUGCUGGGCCCCAAGGAUUCUCGUUUGCAUUUGGUGUCCCACUCGUGCCAGGCACUUUGUCGAGAACCAUCCUUCCGAGGGUUCCUUCAGGGAGCACCAGUUCCCGCUUUACUUUGCAACAGGGAGAAAACCGACCUUUGCUCCCACGGCACCCCUAACAGGCGCCUGUCACGCUCCGGAGCCACAUCUCGGGGACGGGGCAGCUGUAGGUUGGCUCACCGGGGCGCAGACCCGCGUGCCUAACCGUGAACUCGCUGACAGCCUUCUGGGUGGCCCGGCAGGCCCGGCCGCACCCUCUUUCCCCGGGGCCCCCCGGCAGGCAAGGGGCCCGAUGUGCCUUCUGUGUGCCCCCAAGGACGUGUGCUGUGUGUGUAUGUUCAACGGGAUUUUGUAACUUUAUGUAAUUUUGUUUUUUUUUUACACAAAAGUAGUUUUUUACAUGACACUUUCUGUGACCCAAAAGGCCUCACCUGGCCCCGUGUCUUGGGCAUCUGUGACCUUUGUUCGUCUCUUGCAUGUAAAAGCCACAGUGGAUUAAACCAGACUAUGUGCUUGCAGUG